AUGGCGAGCUCAAGCUCGGAAGAUACGCGGGCCCUCAUCGUGCGCUCCCUGUUCUCGCGCAAGGCCGAUGACGGGACCCUCGAGGAGACGCUCGUGACGUAUCUCCGCGUCAAGGAGGACGACGGGCACGGCAGCUCCAAGACGCGCUACCUCUUCCUUGCGGUAACGCGCCUUGGCGAGUGCAUGCUGCACAAGGGCAAGAGUAACUCGAACGGGACGUUCUCGCGCGGUAAGACAUGGCGCCUCAGCGACAUGCGCGUCCUCGAGCAGAUCGGGCCGCGUGACUUUGCACUCACGAUGACGAUUAGACGUUAUCACUGGAGCAGCGACUCUUCGCGGGACCAGCACGCGUUUCUCGCCUCACUACUAAAGGCGUUCAGGAGCGUGACGGGCGGCUCGUUACCACAAGUCAUCAACUUUACGCCAGAAGGGCACAGUCACCAGGGCUCGACGUCGACGGUUAGCUCGGCCUCGCACCAGCCUCCGCCCGUGAGCAUCCGCGAGCGAUUGCCGCAGCGAGGCCAUCCGGCCAUGGCGAGUUCGGGAUCGCUGGUAUCUACAGCGUCGACACACGAGCGACCCGACCGCGACCUCGCCCCGCCGCGCAGGCAUGGUAGUGAGCGCAGCGGAUCCUUCUCGUCCAUCGACCAGCGGGCAGGCAGCGUGGCGGGCAGCGUGGUGAGCGACAGCGGGUUCCGCCAGCGCCUCGGUAGCUCCAGUGGUCGCGACCGCGACGCGCACGUCCGGCCAUCCCCUUCUCCCGCGCCACGAUAUGCGGAUAACCUUGGUUCUGGGCGGCCUCCUCCGCGCCGUGGGAACAGCGGUAACAAUGACGACCGGAUUCCGCCCCAGUCGCGCACUCGUCCUGCGCAAGCUCGCCGGCCGUCAGCUGCAAGCGAAACACCCGAGAUUCCGCCCGUCGCAGAGAUGGGCGACGACCCGUACGGUGGCAUUGCCAACGAGGUGCUUACAUCACCCCGGCACAAUGGACGCGCGCGUGAGAGCGUCGCUUCCCCCGAGCCGACGUACACCAUCCCAGCCGUGACCAUCGCCAACCCCGAUCCCGAACCUCCUGCUCCACCGACUGCUCGGCCGACAAUCACCACAACACCAACGUUGGUCACGAACGGUGAUAUCGCACAGUCUCCGGCCGGCAUCACCCCUACCACCGCGAACCUCACGGUCGUCGCACCCCCAGGAGGUCUCGCCCCGCCAGGGGCAACGCGCACUGAGGCCACCCCUCGUGAAGGGCGGAAGACCCCCGAGCCGAUGCAGCGCCGCGUGUCGUUCGUCCCGCCGCCACUCACGACCGCGUACUCGCGCGACGUGCUGCUCACCCAACGCACGGGCCUUCUAGGCGCCGAUAUCAUGAGCCAGGACGAGGAGGAGGCAGCGGAUGCAAUCAUGGCCAACGUCGAGGAACUGAUUGAGGGCUUUGACUGGACCGCGUCGGCUGUGGGAGGCGACAGUUCCCGCAAGGGACCUGAUGCGAUUGAGCAACGGCUGCUGGACGAGCUAGCUGCACUCGAGAAUGCGAACAUCCACGCGUUCCUCGAGUCCGACGACCGCGUCGACCAGGUGCUCGCGCAUAUCGACGAGGCACUGCGCGAGCUCGACGGCAUCGACGUGCAGCUGACCGAGUACCGGAUGCAGCUGAACGCCGUCACAGACGAUAUCGCGUACAUCGAGGGCCAGAACCGCGGUCUGCAAGUACAGACGUCGAACCAGCGUGCCCUACUCGACGAGGUACAACAGCUGCUCCAGAUCACCGACGUGCCGAAGGACGACCUCUCGCGCCUGCAACAGACGUCGCCGAGCACGUCGCAGGGCAUCAGCGAACUCGAGCAGUCAGCCGCGAGCCUCUACAAGGCGCUCAUGGCGUCGCGCGACACGGCAAAUGAAGUCGCUGCAACUGUCGCCCAUCUGGCUCAGUACGAGUCCGCAGCCGGCCAGUUCGCCCAGCGUAUGGUACAGUACCUCGACACGGCGUUCGACCACCAAUCCGAGACGACGUACGUCGAGACCCAGAAACGCCACAGCCUCGUGUUAGAACCGCACGUCGAGCUCGGCAAGGCACUCAUGGCUUACGAAGGAAUCGUGCUUUUCGUUAAGGACAUGGAUGAGGAGCGGUACAAGAAACUUUGCCUCAAUUAUAUCACGACUAUGAGCAAGUUACACCAGAAGGAGAUGCGGGGGUUGCUCAUGACCCUCAAGGGCCAGCUUAACUCGAUUACCAAAGGCCUAUCCGAUGUUUCCUUCGCGCAAGCUUCACAGUCAACUCAGAAACCUUCGGGCAUCUCAGCCACGGUAACGCGUUCGAAGACGCUGAAGCGCGGUGAGAUGGCCAAGACCGGGGACAAGAAGGCCGCGGAUGCCACCCGCAAGGUUGCGGACAUGUACGCCACGGGCGUCUCCGAGGUCGUCAAGCAGAUCGUGACCGAGGACGACUUCAUCGCGGCCUUCCUUCAUCUCGGCGACACCGAAUCAACCUUUGCCGACUACAUGGAGCUCGACACGUAUUUCCGCCGGCAGGCGUCGCGCCACGCUUCGCACGGGCUGUCGGCGAGCCUUACUCAGCUCACGCGCACCGUCAUGGAGCUCAUGUUUGGGUUCGUGGACGGAGAAAUGCGCCUCUGGGUCGACGCCAGUGUCGAAGGCAACCCGCCUGCGCUCGUUGGAAUCAUCGCAACGACCGAGCAGCUACAGGCCGAUGCGCAGAUUGAGGGAACGAGCAUGUUUGUCCAGCAGCUGUUCGACAAACAGCUGGGUCGGCAGCGCAAGGCGUUUGACGCGUUUGUGAACGACCAAGUCAAGAACAUUGAUGGCGCAAAGACGACAGUGCGGAAGCGGCGUGGGGUGUUUUACUUUGUUAGGCAUUUCCCCGUGUUCGUCGAGCGGAUCGAGUGCCAGCUGGACAGCAGUUACGACACCCUUGACAUUCGCAAGCGGGUCAACAACGCGUACGAACGCGUUGCGGCGAGCGUACUUGGCUCGCUCCAGCAUGUCUCAAAGGUUGUUGGCGCCGAACUGGGUGCAGGGUCGGGCGAGGGCAAGGGUCAGCUGUACUUUUAUGUGGUCAUGAUCGAGAACCUGCACAGUUUCGUCGACGAGGUGGCCCAGGUCAAGGCUUCCGCGUUGACCGUAUUCGUAAAGCGGGCCCGGGGCCUUUACGAAGAGAACAUGAAGGCAUACAUCAAGAUGAUGCUGCGUAGGGGCUUUAGCCGAUUGAUGGACUUCUUUGACGGGGUAGAGCGUCAGCUCAAAACGACUCCGCCUAACGAGGUUAACAUGCACUCGGCCUACUCGCGCAGUACCUUGAAGAAGGUUCUCAAGGACACGGGUUCCAAGGACAUGAAGAAGGCGAUCGAGGCUAUGGCGCGACGAGUUGACAAGCACUUCAACGACGAUGAGAGUGGGCCGGGCGGAGACUUGCACCACGGCCAUACCUCUGGCCCAGCAGACGCCGCCACGGCGGCCCUGAUGGCGAGCGUGUGGCGCGAGAUUACGGCGGCUCUAAGCGGCGAGAUUGGGCGGGCGCAGAAGCUCAUGGCGAGCUGCUACUCGACUUCGGGCCUAGCGCUCGAGUUUGGAACAAAGGAUGUAGAGGCCGUGUGCCAGCGCUCGUGGGGUACCCGUGGUUAG